UCUGACAAGCAAUUCACUUACCCAAGCCUUCUCCACGCCUUUGGUACAAGCGGAUGCGAGAACCCUAGAGACGAAGUGUAUGCCCUUCGAGGCGUAGUGAAGCGUGAGAAUAGGCCAAUUGUUCGCUAUGGGAGUUCGGUUCACGACGUUUUCAACCAUGCAGCGAGGGCUAUGUUCAAUACUGCAUUUGAGGAUUCGCAGGUGCGGAAUGGUACAGAUCUCAGUAGGAUCAAUUACAGGGGGCCGAUCAGAAACGUCUUUCUUGACGCAGCAGCUCUUUGGAGGAAAGAAAUAGAAGGCGUCAUACAUCUUGAGAUGAUUGAAGCAUGGAUCAUCUUCCGAAAGGAGAUGGGGAUGGACCCCAUCCCAGAACCUCCUGCCGAAAGAAGCCGUCUUCUGGAAGCCGUGCGACCUGUGUGGUCUCAUUUAGCAUACUUUAACCUACGCAAGUUGCUCGCGAAAAACCAAUUCCAGUCAACAUAUACCGAAGAUUUGGAAAGAAACAACCUUGAUAACACGAUUCUGGAAUCUGAGCGGUUACUGGAUUCUGAGUGGUUCGGGAUGCUUAUCACUCAGUUGCGCCAUCAUUACGAAGAUCUGGUCGAUAUCUUCAGGGCAAUAACGAAUUUUUUGGUAAACACCCCUACUGCAAGUGGGAGUGCUCUCAACCUUCAACGGUCCACAUCAUUCCCUUAUAUCACUUGGAUAUACAACAAGGAUUCGAAAAGGUGUGUUCCGGAUGAGCAACCAGGGCGGAUACAGGACUCAUGACUCCCUGGAAGCUCAGCUCGGAAUUUACGCUACUAUUCUUUAACUAUCCCUGAAGUCUCCUUCCUCGCCCUAACAACCCACAGUGGAUCCAGAUGAUCCGGUAGAUACGGACUCCUUAACAUCACCGUCCCUUGGUCGUCCGUAAUCCUCAUCCCACUCUCGUCCCUCGCACAGAGAUCCACAAUCUCCACAUCUUUCCAGCCAGCGAAGUGGAGGUAAUCGCCAACGAACUCUAGUCUCGAUCGCUCAUCAAGCAUCAUCCACCUCCUGACCACCUUGUUAGGGAAACAGCGGUUGCUUAUGACAAGGUGAACGGUACCUAAAUGCA